AUGGAGAACAACACCCAAGUGACAGAGUUUGUGCUCCUAGGCCUCUCUCAGAAUCGCAAAGUACAAUAUGUUCUCUUCUUCUGUUUCCUCACCAUCUACAGCACAACCUGGCUUGGAAACCUCACCAUUAUCCUCACUGUGAUCUUCAUACCCCAGCUCCACAUACCCAUGUACUUUCUGUUGGCGAAUCUUGCUGUGAUAGACAUUAGCGAAUCAUCAGUUACAUCGCUCAAGUUGCUGUGGGACCUCCUUUCCAAUUCCCAUAUUAUCUCCUAUAACUGGUGCAUUGCCCAGAUCUUUUUUAUCCAUUUCACUGGCGGCACAGUGGUCUUCCUACUAAUAGCAAUGGCUGUCGAUCGGUACAUAGCUAUCUACAAACCAUUAAGAUAUUUACUUAUAAUGAACCAUAGUGUUUGUAUAGGUUUAGUAGCAGGUGCUUGGUUAGGUGGCUUUGCUCACUCUAUUGUCCAGAUAGGGAUUCUUGUUCAGUUACCCUUCUGUGGACCCAACAUUCUCGAUAAUUUCUACUGUGACAUCCCUCAGCUUAUCAAGUUGGCAUGUACCAACACAUAUACAGUAGAGCUGCUGAUGGUUUCGAAUAGUGGGCUGCUCCUAACAUUAAUCUUUUUCAUCUUACUUGUAUCGUACACUGUUAUCUUGGUGAAAAUUAGAACACACGUCACAGAAGGGAAGCACAAAGCCUUUUCUACCUGUGCAGCACAAAUUAUGGUCAUGAGUUUAAAUUUUGUUCCAGGAAUGUUCAUUUAUGACCGGCCUUUCAAAGUAUUUCCAGGUGACAAGAUAGUCUCAGUCCUCUAUACUCUACUGACCCCAAUGCUGAACUCAAUGAUCUUCACUCUGCGCAACACGGAAAUGAAAAAUAAUGUUAGGAAGCUAAUAAGAAAAAGUCUGCUUUCCAAAAGGACAGAACCAUCAUAG